GCCCGGUCAAGCUUGCCAAGUAUAGCACAACAUGUGCUCUCCCUGCCGGUCACGUGACAGGGAAGAGAGGAAGAAAAAAAGAAAGACGGGAAGAAGGGAGAUAAAGGGAAAAAACAAACAACAGGAAAAUUAUCAGCGUGACAGAACGAGGCGUCGUUAUCUGAAGCCCUCAGGUCAAAAGAAGAUGGAGACAUAAUACGCUGUGAGCUCCAGAUGUUAUGGGUGGAGGACAGGGGUAGAUGGCAGCUGGAUAUGAGAUAAGCACGUAAAUAGAGAAGCCUCUGAGGAAAAGGAGAAGGGGAGAAGAUGAAACUGAACGAACGUAGCGUGGCACACUACGCCACCUGUGACUCGCCGCCGGACAAGACGGGCUUCUUGUUCAAAAAGGGCGAGCGCAACACUGCUUAUCACCGGCGCUGGUUCGUCCUGAAAGGCAACAUGCUUUUCUACUUUGAGGAGCGCGACAGCCGAGAGCCCAUCGGCGUCAUCGUCCUCGAGGGGUGCACCGUGGAGCUGUGCGAGUCGGCCGAGGAGUUUGCCUUCGCCAUCAAGUUCGACUGUGCCAAAGCACGGGUGUACAAGAUGGCCGCUGAAAGCCAAGCGGCCAUGGAGUCGUGGGUGAAAGCGUUGUCAAGGGCCAGCUUCGACUACAUGAGGUUGGUGGUGAAGGAGCUGGAGAGGCAGCUGGAGGAGAUCCAGGAGGCCGCAGGAGGUGGAUGUGUCGGGGCUGGAGUUGGAAGCUUGCAGGGCAGGCACAAGUUGUCCAGGCGAAACCAGGUGGCACGGUCCAGGUCUGGAGCAUCCUCUUCUUCAUCAUCUUCAUCCUCCUUAUCAUCAUCAUCAUCAAGUGCCCCACCAAUGUCAGUUCCCUUCUCUGCUCAGAAGAGCAUCCAGGAUGAAGUGCAGCUCAUCUCUGGGUGCUCCAAGGAGAAUGGAGUUGCAUGGAGUAAACCACCAGCUGCCUUGGCUAACGGUUUUGCUGAGGGAGGGUCUUCCUGUGUGGCCUGGGAAGGCUGUGCAGACUCUGGAAAUGGCAUCAUGAUUGGCUAUGGGGCUGAUGGGGUGAGGGCUCCACCAGUGCCACCCAGGAGAAGAGGGGCAUCUCUGGAAAGCCCCGUCUCCCCCGGCACCGGCUGCUUCUCCAAACUCCAUGACUGGUAUGGCAGAGAGGUGGAGGAGCUGAGGGUGCAGUGGCUGCAGAGCCAGUAAACUGAUGGAGAUCGAUCAUCUCUUUUUCCACAGUUUAUAUCAUUCCUCCCUGAAAAUCCUGAAAUUGUUACACCCUUCUGAACCCAACAGAAAGGCGAGAAAACUGUGACUUAAUUGCAAAUUGCAGUUUUAUCACCAAAAAAAAUAAUCAAAAGAGACAAAUAAGAAUUGAGAUUGAUUCCAGAUCUUGUCUGGCACAGGGGAAUCAAUCUGUCUUAAAGAAUAACACUAUCCAUUGUACAAUGCAAGACAUUUUGAAACACAAAAUAUGCUCUUUUCUACAGUUUUGCUCAUUGUUAUUUGCCAAGGACAAUUAAAAAUGUUAAGGGUACAAUAUUUAAAAUCAUCAUCAGUUUUUCUAAAAAGAUUCAAAGAGUUUGGCUUUGCAGUAGAUAAAACAGUUCUAUUAUUAUAUUGCUAAUGCUCAAGAUUUCUUCUACCCUUCUAGCUUCCAAAAAUACUUGUGCAAUUGUUUUGGGGUCUGUUUUCUUUAAAGCUGUAGGAACCUUAAUCUAAAAUUGUGUGUCUCUAUAGUUAAGACAUGCAAACUAUUGUAAUAAGCAUCUGGAAAAUACCAAAAAAGAACAAAUAACCACUAAAAUCACCACAGCCCAGGAUGGUUUCUGUUAUAUGCAACUGGCAUAACAAAGACCACUCAAAUAACAAUCUAAAGACACUGCACAAAACAAAUCAAAAUAGAUCAAGUUGCUAUAGUGAUUCAUUAACCAUGGGGCACAGAAAAUACUGCAGCUUUAUGAUUGAAGUCCCUGUGUGGUGAUGUCCAAGCAGUGCACAACUGUUGUGAACUGCUUGCUUGAAUCAGGAAAUUAAGAUGAUAUAAUGUAAGCAAAGAAACAGUAAAACAGUUGGUGAUGUUUUUUACAAUCUAAUGGCACCAGGACAAUUAGCAUCUAAAUUCAUGAUUUCGAAUUUCCUGUGACUUUAAACCACCUUAACACUGAGAUCAUUUAUAAUAUAUUGACUUGUAGAGAGACAAACGAGGAUACUCUCGGGAUAAGAAGUGGUGUUGUGGAAAACUAGUCCAGAUUCUCCCCAGUAUUCCCACCGGGGCAUAUCCUCGCCCCAGAGUCCCUGUGGUCGCUAAUGUCAGAGCAUCCUCUCUGCAGUCACUGGGGACCGUGGUGGGAGCUGGAUGUCUCGCUCAGAGCAACACACCCCGGUAUUUUUAGCCCUUGUUAGCCAGCGGCCAGAUGAUGCUGUGUCAUAAGAGUGCUUGUCACUUAGUUCUCUUUUGACUCUUGUAUUUCAUAAAAGCAGAUUGUUCAUCCUUAAACUUAACAGGACUUAACCCUUGUCUUCAUGGUUCUCUGAUAAUUUCACGUUAUGCAAUCAGAUCAUCUUAAUGUUAUCCAGCUGUUGGUUCGUUUGUUACAACUUAUUAACUUGAAAGUUACUGAAUGAGUGUAACUGUUUGAGGCCUAUACUGUACGUGAGCAUCUAACCUCUUUGAAAUAUUUACUUUUCCAUGUUGGAAAUUAACACCAGCAGUCUUCAAAAUAGGCCUUUUAAAAUGAUUGCUCAUACGUUAUUUCUGUAUCCAAUCACAUAGCCGUUUACAUCUUUGUUUUACAGGUGCCUUAUGUUAUCUUUAUAACUCUGUUAUUGCACUUGCAAACAUUUUUAUAGGACAACAGCAAUCAGAGAGUUUGACAUUUCCUCUUUUUUGACUGUACUGCUGUUUUUCUUCUCCUUUCUUGCCAAAGGCUCAUCUCGGUGCAAUCACUUUUUGACAAUGGCUCAGCUCCCUCAGUCUGCAUCAUUGCACAGCAUUGUCAUUACUGUUAAUAUGGGAAGGAGAGGUACAGUGUGAAUUGUAUCUUCUUCCUUUCUUUUUUUUUUUUUUUCAAAAAAAAAACAAAAAACUGCAAUAUCAAAGUUGUAUUCUUUUCAGCAUAUAUUAUCUUAAGUUAUACUUCUAUUAGUGCCAAUUUCAUCAACUCUAGAAGUGUAUUACUGUAAUCUCAGAUGACAAUAGUCUGUUUUUUGCAAUAAUAUUUAAAGGAAUUUGUGAAUGUGUCAAAUUAACCACGUAAAUGAUAACAGCAUCUGUUAUUCAAGAGUGCCAAAUGUAACCUGAAUGCACAAUAAGCAAUUUGGCACUUUUUCCAUUAACUUUUAUGAUUCCAGUAACAAUUUUCAAUGUUAUGAGUAUUAUAUUGAAUAACCAAUAAUAUUUAAUACAUGUCCUGUUAUGGUACCCUGAAGCGAUGUUUGUUAAUUAAGCAUUUGCUGUAAACCUCUCAAUAAAUGUGUGUAUUAACAAUG